GUAUACAACGAUUUAUCUAUAGCAAACAAGCCGAAUAUAACAGUUUACAAAAAGGAAUCAAUUCCUGGUCGUUAUCAUCUGAAGAACCACAAACGUACAGCACCAAUCGUUAUAGAAGCUGAUAGUGGAACAGCAAUAGUAGCUCCAUGGAAAUGUAGCGAAUGUGCAGAUAAAUUUAAACCUGGAACUACCUACAAAGGCAUGCAUGGAUAUGAUAAUACUAAUCCAGAUAUGAGGGCGAUUUUCAGAGCAGCCGGACCCGCCUUCAAAAAGAAUUUUGAGAGCAAACCGAUAGCUAACGUGGAGCUAUAUCAAAUAAUGUGUGAUAUUCUUGGAAUAAAACCAAAGGAUAACAAUGGAACUUGGAGUAAUAUCGCACAAAUGAUGACAAAGUCUGACAUUUCUUCUGCAAGAUCAACAGAAUUGUUCUUUCCUUUGUUUCUGUUUGUUAUGUUUAGUGUUGUCCUCAUCUAAUUUAUAAAUAAAAUACCUAAUUAUUUAUGUUACU